CCCUGCCUCGUCUGGUGCCAGGGGAUCCUGCCUGGCUGUCUGCCCGCGCGCGCGCUGGCUGGGCGGAUGGCGGGCUCGUCUUCGGCGUCGGGCGCUGUCGACGUCGACCGGAUAAUCACCAAGCUGCUCGAGGUGCGCGGCGCGCGCCCUGGCAAGCAGGUGAACCUGCUCGAGUCAGAGAUCCGAGCGCUCUGCACGACCGCCCGCGAGGUCUUUCUGAAGCAGCCGACGCUGCUCGAGCUGGAGGCGCCAAUCAAGAUCUGCGGCGACCUGCACGGGCAGUACUUUGACCUGCUGCGCCUCUUUGAGUACGGCGGCUUCCCUCCCGACUCAAACUACCUCUUUUUGGGUGACUACGUGGACCGCGGGAAGCAGUCGCUCGAGACCAUCUGCCUGCUGCUCGCGUACAAGAUCAAGUACCCGGAAAACUUCUUCCUGCUGCGCGGCAACCACGAGUGCGCCUCGAUCAACCGCAUCUACGGCUUCUACGACGAGUGCAAGCGGCGCUUCUCGGUGAAGCUGUGGAAGACCUUCACAGACUGCUUCAACUGCUUGCCCGUCGCCGCCGUCGUGGACGAGAAGAUCCUGUGCAUGCACGGCGGCCUCUCGCCCGACCUAAAGCAGCUGAGCCAGAUCGCGCGCCUCGAGCGGCCGACGGACGUGCCGGACCAGGGCCUGCUCUGCGACCUGCUCUGGUCCGACCCGGACAAGGACGUGACGGGGUGGGGCGAGAACGACCGCGGCGUCUCGUACACGUUUGGCGCCGACGUCGUCUCCGACUUUCUCGACGAGCACAACCUCGACCUCGUCUGCCGCGCGCACCAGGUGGUAGAGGACGGCUACGAGUUCUUUGCAAAGCGCCAGCUGGUGACCGUCUUCUCGGCGCCAAACUAUUGCGGCGAGUUUGACAAUGCGGGCGCGAUGAUGUCGGUGGACGACACUCUGAUGUGCUCCUUCCAGAUCCUCAAACCCGCCGAGAAGCGGCCGAAGGGGCAGGCGGCCGCCGCCUCGAGCGGCGCAGGGGCCUCGCCGCCCGCCAAAAAGGCGAAGCUAUGAGGGCGCGCGCUGCGAGGCGGGGGGGGCGGGGCCCGGAGCCUCCGGGGCCCUCCUCCACCCGCCUCGUGUGGCCGCUCGCGGCGCCGGCGGGAGCUGCGCGAGCCCGCGCGCCGGACCUGCAGCUGCACGGGAGGCGUGCCGCCGCCUCCUCAGCAGAUGACUCGCAUACACCGCGGCCCCGCAACGCCGCUUCGCGAGGGCGACACCGCCCGCCCGUGAGGCUACCACGGAUCGCGAGCUCCUCCAGUGGCACUGUCGGGUUCCCUACGUCGAUUUCUGUGGUACACGUCGUCCUCUCCUCCCCCGGCCCCGCCUGGCUGGCCUCGGGCGGCGGCGCCACACGCAAUCACCGAAACACACGCCACAUGUCUUGGAGAGAUUUUCCGAGCACGCAUCGCAUGUGUCUUCUUAUCGUUCGUACAUUUU